AUGGGCCUGCGCCUGCGCCCAGUCCCUCUCAAUGGCCUGUCGUCCCGUCGCCUGAUCCGCGUCUCACUCCCACGCACGGUGCAAUCGCGCUGCAUCGCGUCGAGCCGGCGCCCGCGAGUCGCGCCGACUAUUAUUCCACGGCUCUUUGCCCGCGGGAAGAAGACGACUACUACUCUAGAGGUCAAUGAUCUGCCGCAGGGGCUCAUCGGUGGCGCGCCUCUCCAAGACGACCCGGCCGAGGAUGCGGGCCCUGCAUAUCCAACCGUCUUGCAGCAAGUGCGCAACAACAUGCGCAAAUUCGACCACUGUGUUGUCCUGACCCGCGUUGGCAACUUCUACGAGCUGUACUUCGAGCACGCUGAAGAAUACGGGCCUCUCUUGAAUCUGAAGGUCUCGCUGCGACGGAGCAGGCCGGGGCUUGGCCCCGUCCCAAUGGCCGGCUUCCCCUACUUUCAGCUCGACCGCUUUCUCAAGAUCCUGGUCCAAGACCUCAACAAGUACGUGGCCAUCAGCGAGGAGUUCCGCAAUGAUGCCUCUGCCAAGGUCAAGUCCGGUGGCCUUUUGUUCGACCGCAAAGUCUCCCGCAUCAUCACCCCUGGAACCUUGAUAGACGAGAAGUUCAUCGAUCCUUGGGAGAACAAUUACUGUCUCAGCGUGCACAUUGAGCCAGAGCCCUCUGGAGACGAGAGCAAGCCCCCCGCCGUAGGUCUGGCCUGGCUCGAUAUUUCGAGCGGCGACUUCUUUACCCAGAGUACAACAAUGGCCGGACUUUCGUCAGCCCUGGCCCUCAUCGGACCCCGCGAAGUCGUCGUUGACAGCGCGCUAGUAGACCGCGGUCAUGCGAGACUCGCCAACAUGCUGGAGGAAGAGCGCCACGUCAUCACCUUCCAUCAACAGGACUUGGGAAGCCAAGUCCCAGAUGAUUAUGCUCGCUCCGUCACCGAGGCUGUGCCUGGGUGUAACCUCUCAGCCUUUCCGCCCCUCGAGCUGGGUGCUGCUGCAUUCCUCCUCGACUACGUGAACACUCAGCUCCAGGGCUCGAGUGUUGCCUUGCAGGCGCCAGUACGCCGCGAGGCAGAUGAGUUCAUGAGCAUCGACAAGAACACUCUGAGGGCGCUAGAGCUGCGCGCCACUUUGAGAGAGGGAAAGCUCGAGGGCAGCCUACUGCACUCGGUUCGGAAGACCGUUACGAAAAGUGGCACAAGAUUGCUGACACAGAGGCUCACAUCCCCCUCCAUGUCACUUGACACAAUUAACGAACGGCUGGACCUCGUCGCCGCGCUGAUCGACAAAGCGGCAUUGCGUGAGAACCUGGUCGCGCUUCUGCGCCGGUCUUUCGACACGUGGCGGCUGGUUCAGAAGUUCUCGAUAGGCCGAGGCGACGCAGACGAUCUUCUGGAGCUAUCAAAGACAGUCCAAAUUACCAAGGACGUUGCACAACUUCUCCAGAAUGAGACAAACGGCGGAGAGUCUUUCGACGGGCUGGUCCGUCGUCUUUCAUUGGACCGCCCGGCCCGUCUGGCCAAACGCAUCACGGACGCCAUCGACGAGGAGGGUCUUUCGGAGCAGCACCGUAUAGAAGACGACGAGGCGGCAGAAAUGGCCGGCCUCGCCGUCGAGGUGCUCGCGCUGGAAGGCGAAGAAGUCAAAUCCGGAAGCAUUGCGAAGCGGGCCAAGGCUAAAGAAAGCACCAAGCCGGGCCCAAGCAAGGCUGUUGAUACGAGUAUGCCUGACGUUUGGAUCAUGCGCCGCAGUGCGAGUACAACAUUGACGAGACUGCAUGAAGAACUGGAGAGACUAGCUCGGCAGAAGGAUGUUCUUGGUGUUCGCCUGCGAGAGGCAACCGGAGCUCCGGGGCUGACGUUGCGGUGGACGCCCGGGCUGGGCCACAUUGUUCACAUCAAAGGCAAGGCCGGGAGCAUAGCCGACAUGGACAGCGUGCGGCCGGUCAGCUCGAGCAGGUCCACCCGUUCGUAUCACGUCCCCGACUGGACUCAUCUGGGGAACAAGGUGGACGACGCGAAAGUGCGCAUCCGCUCCGAGGAACAACGCGUCUUCGGCCAGCUUCGAGCGGAGGUCGUCCGGAGCCUGGUCAACCUGCGGCGCAACGCUGCCGUCCUCGACGAGCUGGAUGUGGCGUGUUCCUUCGCUACGCUGGCCGCGGAGAGAGGGCUGGUUCGUCCCAAGCUGAAUCACGGGACCGCCCAUGAGAUCGUCGGCGGCAGGCAUCCGGUGGUCGAAGCCGGCCUGUUGGAGCAGGGCAGAAACUUCACCUCUAACAGCUGCAACGUUGGCGAUGAUGAGCGGAUACUGCUCAUCACUGGGCCCAAUAUGGCGGGCAAAAGCACAUUUCUGAGACAGAACGCAUUGAUUUCCAUUCUGGCUCAGACAGGGUCCUUUGUGCCUGCAGUAUACGCGGAGAUCGGACUGGUCGACAAGAUUUUCAGCAGGGUCGGAUCUGCCGAUAAUCUUUACCAAGAUCAGUCAACCUUCAUGGUGGAGAUGCUCGAGACUGCCGAGAUCUUGAAGCAAGCCACCCCCCGGUCAUUCGUCAUCAUGGACGAGGUCGGGCGAGGCACGACGCCCGAGGAUGGCAUCGCAGUCGGCUAUGCAUGCCUGCACCAUCUCUACCAUGUCAACCGGUGCAGGGCGCUUUUUGCGACGCACUUCCACAGGCUCGCCGACAUGACGGCCGGGUGGGAGAAAAUGGGCUGCUACUGCACGGAUGUGGAGGAAGGGGCCGACGGCACUUUCGCGUACGUGCACCGGCUUCGAAAGGGGGUUAACCGGAAAUCCCAUGCGCUCAAGGUGGCGCGGGUCGCUGGACUGCCGGAUGAGGCCAUCAAGGAGGCCGAGCGGGUAUUGGAAGAGUUAAACAUGUCGCCCUCCAGGUAG